AUGAAAUCCCGUGAGUCUCGUGAGCUUUCCUGUGUGACGCUCUUGAUUGCUACCGCUGAAUAGUAGCAGCAAAAUAUCAGAACAAUUCAUGAUGAGUUAUAGUGAAAAGCCGGAGGACAUAACGAGAGAAGAGUGGAUGGAGAAGCUCAACAAUGUCCACAUACAGAGGGCCGACAUGAACAGGCUCAUCAUGAACUACUUGGUGACAGAGGGGUUUAAGGAGGCAGCUGAGAAGUUCCGUAUGGAGUCUGGGAUUGAGCCCAGUGUGGACCUGGAUUCUCUGGACGAGAGGAUAAAGAUCCGGGAGAUGAUCCUGAAGGGACAGAUACAGGAGGCCAUCGCACUCAUCAACAGCAUGCACCCAGAACUGCUCGACACAAACCGCUACCUGUACUUUCACCUACAGCAGCAGCACCUGAUUGAGCUGAUCCGUCUGAGGGAGACUGAGGCAGCACUAGAGUUUGCUCAGUCCCAGCUGGCAGAGCAGGGGGAGGAGAGUAGAGAGUGUCUGACAGAGAUGGAGAGAACCUUGGCCCUGCUGGCCUUCGACAACCCUGAGGAGUCACCCUUCGGAGACCUUCUCAACACAAUGCAGAGGCAGAAGGUGUGGAGUGAAGUGAACCAGUCUGUGCUGGACUACGAAAACAGAGAGUCAACGCCCAAACUGGCCAAGCUCCUCAAACUGCUCCUGUGGGCUCAGAACGAACUUGACCAAAAGAAAGUCAAGUACCCCAAAAUGACAGACCUCAGCAAGGGCACGAUCGAGGACCCAAAGUGAGAGGACACCAGGCUGUGUAUGCUGGUGGAAACUAAUUGGACUCCCCUCCUACCUAUUUAUAUUCUGACAGAGACUGACUGAAACAAUAUUUCUUCUUUCUUUGUGUGGGUUGCUUUUUGUGAGACUUUGUACAGUCCAUGUUAUCAAACUGGAUAGUUUGUAUUUUAAAGUGACUUGCUGCCUGAUACUUCAAUAUCUGAAAUAUAAACCCUUGUAUUUUAAUGAAGUAAAAUUAUAAGACUUUUGUUUCAUGUCUGCAAUAGAUAGUUGUAUAUGAGCAUUUCCUUUUUGCAGAUUUCAGUUACACUAUUUUUUUUCUGUCUACUGGCAGGGAAAGUUAGCCAUCUUUGCAUAUGGAUGGUGUGUUAAAGCCUAAAUUAGGCUCUUGGGACUAUAAUGUGUUAACCUAUAAACAGAAAUGAAUGAGGGUGUGGUGUUGGGGUAGAAUGAUUGGUUCCCAUUGCUGUGGUCCGCUGUCAAUUACAGUACAUUUUGUUUUUCUCAACAAAAAAACAUGCACAUUUCAGUUUCUCAUGAAUUCUAGAGUAGGGGCCAAAGCUGGGUACUGACUGAAUGCUAAGCUGCCAGUACCCUGUAAUGUUGUCAGGGUUUCGUUUCAACCUUAGCAUUCAUCCUGUGUUAUCUUGAACCAACAAGAUAAUAAUGUGAAUACAUACAGAGACAUACAUUUAGUUAAUGUUGACAGUUUUGCAACUGGAUUAUUUACAUUAUGGAAUAAAAUACUAUUUUGGAACACUU